CCCGUUCAACCAAUCGGCGCUCUUUAGCUAAAUGCGUACAUUUCUAGGUUCGGUAGAGAAGGAAGGGAACGAGUGAGGUGUUGCACUGCAGGUCACAGCAGCUGUUUGGUCCUUGCUUAUUUAGUUCCGCCUAUCAACACGCCCUUGUUCCUCUUAUAAAUAUCGACCUCCACAGCUCACGGGGGCCAGUUUUCCGCAUCCCUCUCUCUGCCGUCGCUGUUGCCUGUUCCCCAGACCGUGUUGCUCAUCCCAGCUCCUCCACCCUCAGAAGACCAUGGAGACAGAAAUUGAGCAGCAAGACGAUGCUUCAUUCGGCAACACCGAGACAAACGGUAAGCGCCCUGCUGAAGAUGGAGAUGAGGAGAAAUCAUUCAAGCGCUCCAGGAACUCUGACGAGAUGGUUGAGCUCCGCAUCCUCCUGCAGAGCAAAAAUGCAGGAGCUGUGAUUGGGAAGGCUGGCAAAAACAUCAAAGCGCUGCGUACAGACUACAAUGCCAGUGUGUCAGUCCCAGACAGCAGUGGGCCUGAGCGCAUCCUGAGCAUCAGUGCCGACAUCGAGACAGUUGGAGAAAUCCUGCUGAAGAUUAUCCCAACCUUGGAAGAGUACCAGCAGUACAAUGGUAUGGAUUUUGACUGUGAGCUGCGCCUCCUGAUACAUCAGAGCCUCGCUGGCUCAAUCAUUGGUGUGAAGGGAGCCAAGAUCAAGGAGCUCAGAGAGAACACAAAAACCAGCAUCAAGCUGUUUCAGGAGUGCUGUCCUCAGUCGACAGAUCGUGUUGUGCUGGUUGGUGGUAAAACUGAGAGAGUGGUUGAGUGUAUCAAGACCAUGCUGGAGCUCAUCGCUGAAGCUCCCAUAAAGGGCCGUGCACAGCCCUACGAUCCAAACUUCUACGACGAAACGUAUGAAUAUGGUGGUUUCACUGUAAUGUUUGAGGAGAGGGGAGGCGGUCGCAGGCUAAUGGGAGGGUUCCCCAUGCGUGGGGGCAGGUCCAGCGGUGGGGACCGUGGGUUUGACCGAAUGCCCUCUAGCAGAGGGGGUCGGGGACCCAUGCCUCCCUCCCGCCGGGAUUAUGAUGAGAUAAGCCCCCGCCGAGGUCCUCCCCCACCUCCCCACCCGAGUAGGGUUGGUAGGGGGAGCGGGCGAGGGCGCAACAUGCCUAUGGGACACCCACACAGAGGAGGAGAAGAUCGUUACUAUGACUCGUACCGUGGCUCAGAUGACCGGUCCAAUGACCGAAGAGGCAGACCGGACCGCUAUAGCGAUAACAUGAGUGGAGGAGGAUAUGACAACAGUUCCUCCUGGGAUAGCUACCCGUCAGGAGGACGUGGCUCCUAUAAUGACAUGGGGGGCCCCGUCAUUACCACACAAGUGACGAUCCCUAAAGAUCUGGCUGGCUCCAUCAUUGGUAAGGGAGGCCAGCGCAUCAAACAGAUCCGCCACGAGUCAGGAGCCUCCAUCAAAAUCGAUGAGCCCCUGGAAGGUUCUGAGGACCGAAUAAUCACCAUCACUGGCACCCAGGAUCAGAUCCAGAAUGCACAGUACCUUCUACAGAACAGUGUGCUGCACCUGCUUGGACACAAGGACUAACCACACCCCUCUUUCUCGUUCUCUUCCUCGCUCUGUCAGCCAUUUAUUUCCCACAUCUCUCCCCCCCCCCCCCCCCCUCUUACUUUCUGCCUGCCUGUCUUUUUUUUUUUUUUCGGUCUCACUUCCAGCUCUGCCUCCCCACCCGUUUCCUCCCAAGACGUCCUCCUUCUACAGUUGCAUAGCUAUAUAUUUACAGUGUCAUUGACUUGUAAAUCGUGUAUUUUAUUAUUUUUUUUCCACUCUUUUUAUUUCAGUGUGAAGCAGUACUCUGGUCAUUUGCUGUAGACCCAGGAGAAUCAGAUUGAAGCAGACUCAGAUUGCCCCCUUCCCUCAACCUUUCUGCCCCUUUUCAACACAUCCCCUUCAGACUAUUAUUCUGGAUUGUGGGUGGCUUUUUUGAAUUUAUUUUUGUAUUUUUUAAUGAAACCUAUGUCCAACAUUCCUGUGCAUAAAAGAAAUGUAGAUGUUCCGCAUUUUAAGAGUGUGGUCCAUUAGUUUAUAGCAAACACUUUGCUUUUUUGUUUUUUAACACUCACUAUCAAAAUAUUCUUCGGUCUUCUGACAGACAAAAAUAAACAUAACCUUAACUUUUUGAUGGUUUGAAUUUUUAUGACUUGUAUCGGUAUGCUUGUGUGUGCGUGCGCGCGUGUGUGUUUGUGUGCGAGAGCAGACUUGGGUUAAGUGUGCUCUCGCUUGUCUAUAUUGGUCCCUUCACACAGUUAUACGACAUAAGCGCUGUGUUCAAACGGCAGAAUUUAAGCUACAAUUGAUUUAAUUUUGAACAAUUUGUUUUUAUUUUAGAGAUAUGGGAAAUGUCAUCUUUUACAAUGGACUUAAGGAUGCUUUAAGUUUCAAACCAGAUACAGAAGAAUUUGUAAGAAUAUCCAUGGCUUUCAGUGACUCGUCACAAAGGAAAACGUGUAGCUGGAAAUUUGUUUUGACAUUUUAUUCAAGUUUUGACAAACAUUGACGUACUUAUCUAUUUUGUCCCUGCAAUUUCCCGUGCUCUACACUUGUUUGCUACCUACCUGGUAGACCUCACAUUGUAAAAUGAAUAAAGAUGGUGCCACUUUUUACUGAA